AUCGCUCUUUACGUCGGGAAGACAAAAAGGCGAUUCUUGAAAAAAGAGCAAAACUUUCCCUUUGUUUUGCUUAUACCCGAAGGACGGAGAGCAAAAGCGCAAGCAUUGGUGGAACCAGAAGAGUGACUGAGAGUACUGAGAAAAAUGGGGGUUUGGGAUUACAUCUCCGGCACGGCGGAUUCAAUCAAACGGAACGCACCCGAUCUAACGCCCGUCAAGGCCUUGUGCUGUAACUCGUACGGCUACAGCAAAGCCGGCGUCAGCAACAUCCACAACGCCGUUAAAGUUAACGGCGGCAAGGUUCUGAGCCAGUACGGGCCUAGCGGGGAAACAAUGUCCAAGAUCCCCCCAUUCGUUACUAAUCUCGCCGUGUACUCUGCCGAGGAGGCUCUCAAGUUCAUCCCGGUCCCACUCCCAGGUGGAGCUUCGGGCUUUUCGAUCUGUAAAGCUAUUAAGCGAUCAUGGCCGAGUGAUGCGAACAAGUCGAAAGGUGGUGGGGUGGAUGUGAAAGCGUUGCAGGCAGAAGUAAAGAGGUUGAACAAAGAACUUGGCGAGUGCAAGAAUUGGAUUGAGCAAAUGGAGAUGAACAAGAAAUAUUGCUCGGAUUUCGAGUCCGCAAAAACACCAAACUCGGAUUCAAACUCGGUUGUUAAUCGAAAGCCGGAGGAUGUGAUUAGAGUCUUUAUGAUGAAGGAGUUCAUAGGCAGGCAAUUGCUCGAUGAUAUGAUUGUUCAUGGCACUUCUCCUACAAACAAGUGAUUAACAGGGAGUUUACUUUAGUUCAAGCCAAGAAGUGUAAGGCAGUAUUUACUCUUAUGGUUGUAGUAAGUCCUAAAUCCAGGAUAUUCUGGUUUUCUUUUACCAAUGGCUCUGUAUUAUAGUAUUCAGGGCAGUAUAAAAUCAAGAUCAAGACUUCAGAGACUGGUUUUUUCCUAUUAUUUAUAUAAGUAUAUCACGAAAUGGAGUUUAGAAAAUUA